UCCCGGGAGGGUGAGAAGGGCUGGCUGCCGGAGCUGGGUUGGGAUCUUCCCGGAGCCGGAGACCUUCCCUCGAAACCGGCACUGGGACGUCUCGCUCUCUGGAGGCACCUGUUGCAGGUGACAGCGCUCGGCCGUCGAGCGGGGUCGCUAACCCGCACUCUCUUCGGACCUCCGACGUCGCGGCUUCUCUGGCGUUGGCCACUCAGUCACAGAUGCACUGCCGAGACUAUGGACUCCUUACCUUACUGAUGUCUUACCCACUUCAUUUCCGACAUGGGCCAGUUGCCAUGUUACCACUGAAUUAGUAAAAAAAGAAAAAUAAAAAAUAAAAAAGUGAAAGAGGCGUGUUGUCUAGUUUCAAAGGAGAGGAGAGAAGAGACUGAGUCGCCCUAUGUUGCCCAGGCUGGUCUUGAACUCCUAGGUUCAAGCGAUCCUCCUGCCUCAGCCUCCCAAAGUGCUGGGAUUACAGGCAACUCUGGUAGCUCUCCUUGUCUGGUUGUUUUGAAGAAAGAAGAGUAGAAGAAAAAGUUGAAUAAAUCAUGUCGGAGUUACUGGACCUUUCUUUUCUGUCUGAGGAGGAAAAGGAUUUGAUUCUCAGUGUUCUACAGCGAGAUGAGGAGGUCCGGAAAGCAGAUGAGAAAAGGAUUAGGCGACUAAAGAAUGAGUUACUGGAGAUAAAAAGGAAAGGGGCCAAGAGGGGCAGCCAACACUACAGUGAUCGGACCUGUGCCCGGUGCCAGGAGAGCCUGGGCCGUUUGAGUCCCAAAACCAAUACUUGUCGGGGUUGUAAUCACCUGGUGUGUCGGGACUGCCGCAUACAGGAAAGCAAUGGUACCUGGAGGUGCAAGGUGUGCGCCAAGGAAAUAGAGUUGAAGAAAGCAACUGGGGACUGGUUUUAUGACCAGAAAGUGAAUCGCUUUGCUUACCGCACAGGUAGUGAGAUAAUCAGGAUGUCCCUGCGCCACAAACCUGCAGUGAGUAAAAGAGAGACAGUGGGACAGUCUCUCCUUCAUCAGACACAGAUGGGUGACAUCUGGCCAGGAAGAAAGAUCAUUCAGGAGCGGCAGAAGGAGCCCAGUGUGCUAUUUGAAGUGCCAAAGCUGAAAAGUGGAAAGAGUGCAUUGGAAGCUGAGAGUGAGAGUCUGGAUAGCUUCACAGCUGACUCGGAUAGCACCUCCAGGAGAGACUCUCUGGAUAAAUCUGGCCUUUUUCCAGAAUGGAAGAAGAUGUCUGCUCCCAAGUCUCAAGUAGAAAAGGAAACUCAGCCUGGAGGUCAAAAUGUGGUGUUUGUGGAUGAGGGUGAGAUGAUAUUUAAGAAGAACACCAGAAAAAUCCUCAGGCCUUCAGAGUACACUAAAUCUGUGAUAGAUCUUCGCCCAGAAGAUGUGGGACAUGAAAGUGGCUCCUUGGGAGACAGAAGCAAAUCCGUCCCAGGCCUCAAUGUGGACAUGGAAGAGGAAGAAGAAGAAGAAGAAGACAUUGACCACCUAGUGAAGUUACAUCGCCAGAAGCUAGCCAGAAGCAGCAUGCAAAGUGGCUCCUCCAUGAGUACGAUCGGCAGCAUGAUGAGCAUCUACAGUGAAGCUGGUGAUUUCGGGAACAUCUUUGUGACUGGCAGGAUUGCCUUUUCCCUGAAGUAUGAGCAGCAAACCCAGAGUCUGGUUGUCCAUGUGAAGGAGUGCCAUCAGCUGGCCUAUGCUGAUGAAGCCAAGAAGCGCUCUAACCCAUAUGUGAAGACUUACCUUCUGCCUGACAAAUCCCGCCAAGGAAAAAGAAAAACCAGCAUCAAGCGGGACACCAUUAAUCCACUAUAUGAUGAGACGCUCAGGUAUGAGAUCCCAGAAUCUCUCCUGGCCCAGAGGACCCUGCAGUUCUCAGUUUGGCAUCAUGGCCGUUUUGGCAGAAACACUUUCCUUGGAGAGGCAGAGAUCCAGAUGGAUUCCUGGAAGCUUGAUAAGAAACUGGAUCAUUGCCUGCCUUUACAUGGAAAGAUCAGUGCUGAGUCCCCGACUGGCUUGCCAUCACACAAAGGCGAGUUGGUGGUUUCAUUGAAAUACAUCCCAGCCUCCAAACCCCCUGUUGGAGGUGACCGGAAAAAGAGCAAAGGUGGGGAAGGGGGAGAGCUCCAGGUGUGGAUCAAAGAAGCCAAGAACUUGACGGCUGCCAAAGCAGGAGGGACUUCAGACAGCUUUGUCAAGGGAUACCUCCUUCCCAUGAGGAACAAGGCCAGUAAACGUAAAACUCCUGUGAUGAAGAAGACCCUGAAUCCUCACUACAACCAUACAUUUGUCUACAAUGGUGUGAGGCUGGAAGAUCUACAACAUAUGUGCCUGGAACUGACUGUGUGGGACCGGGAGCCCCUGGCCAGCAAUGACUUCCUGGGAGGGGUCAGGCUGGGUGUUGGCACUGGGAUCAGUAAUGGGGAAGUGGUGGACUGGAUGGACUCGACUGGGGAAGAAGUGAGCCUGUGGCAGAAGAUGCGACAGUACCCAGGGUCUUGGGCAGAAGGGACUCUGCAGCUCCGUUCCUCAAUGGCCAAGCAGAAGCUGGGUUUAUGAGUCCCUGUCCUCUUCUGCAGGUCCAGCCCUGGCGAGGGCAAGUCAGAGGAAGUGAAGAAAUCAAGAGCAAAGAUUUAUAAUUUAAUGUGUGUGUGUGUGUGUGUGUGUGUACAAACGUGUUUUCUGCAAAUCUCAUUAUGCUGGCUAGAGUGAUGCAGACUUGUUCUCCCUUUUAAAGCAGUCUCAAGAAAAAGUAUCUCUUCAAAAUGUUUCUGUGUAUAAUCUAGUAUAUUUUCAGAGUCCAUUUGUUCUUAUGUCUGUAUAAGGUUUACUUAAAAACAGCUUUUAAAACAACCUUUUAUCUUCUGUCUUGCUAUCAUUGUUCCUACUUCCCUAGGAAGCCCUGGCUACCUUUGGCAUUAGGACCAGUCUGGGUUUUAAGGCUCUGGGAAGCAGGGUUGGGUUAGUAAAGACAGGAAUGUGGGGGAGAGGUGAGUAGUUCCUUCCUCUUUCUCCUCUCCAAUUUAUGCUUUUAACUUAUUUUCUACCUUGAUAAACUUCUGGAACUUGGCUUUUAAAUUUAACUUUUCUAGUUUUUAAGCAGUUUCCACCUUGCUUUGGUCUAAUGCUUUUCUUUGAAAUGCUAACGGAAUUCCCAAGCUUUUUCCAGUUCCAGAUAUCUUUACUAGACCUUUGGGGGACUCUUAUAAUGGAGCUGCUUUACAAAAGCACUUUAAUUAGAUAAUGUAUUUUGACUAAAUCAUGAGGAUGCCCAGUGAGAGCUUCUAGCUGAUCUCAGAGGACCAGAGUGACUGAGGGUAAAGUGUCUCACAGCCCAUGCUGAAUUUUCUGCAUUUUAAACUGAUACUGCAGUCAUUGGAGAGAGAGCUCCUCAUUUCUCGAAUGAAAGAUGAGAUAUAUUCAUCCUCAUGUACCACACCUGUCUUAGUGUUUGCGUCUGGGGUGUGUUAUCAAACAGAGCAUGGUCUACAUACCACUGUGUCAACCAGAAGAACCAAGUGUUAUCUCAAUUGGCCCAGUGUUUCUCCAGGCUGGGGACUGUUAAGGGCUCUAAGGGAAUGUAGACAGAGUCUCCCUGUUAUUCUGACUUCCUGCUUGAUGAGCUUUCAGUUCCUGUUUUUGCUAUUGUUUCCUAAAUUUGACCUACAUAUUACAUGGGUGUAGUGUGUUGAGGCUUUUCAAAGAAGGGUCUAGUGAGCUAAGUUUCAUCUUCCGGUACUCAUUGAUCCAAACUGACCUUUCUAUUCUCAUAAGCAUUUCUACCCAAAGUUGUGUGUGGAAGGAGUGUAUAGCAGAGAGGAAAUCCCUUUCAACAGAGUUAGCUGCUAAUUAAUUUCCUAUAAGCACACUGGAUUCAGGGCAGCUACAGUGGUUUCUAUUGUAUGUAUGAACCGAAUGGAGGAAUGUUUUCAAAGAUUGAUUUGGUGUGGAUUGCAAUUGUAAUGGAAGGCAUAACUUGGGAUCCCGGGCUGUAACUUGCUCUUUUGUUUCCCACCCCCUGACAUGUACGUGUGCUUUAAUAAAGCUUUCUCACUUGUCAAA